AUGGCAGACGAGGGACCCCAACUGACGCCUGUCGGGGAAAAGACCCUCCCAGCAAAAUGCAAGGCGCAAGCCGUAGCGUACUGUCCCACAAUGGACCUAAUUGCGCUGGUGACCGAGGAUGAAGAAUUGCGCGUGUUCCGACUUAAUGGACAACGCGUGUUUGGGGGCUCAUUUGGGGGUGAUCCCUACUUAGGCGAGGAUGAGGAGGACGGCGAGAUUAGAGGGAUGGCGUGGAAGGGGAAUGGUCGUCUCCUCGCCGUCGCGUGUGCGGACGCCACGCUCCGAAUCAUCAGUUCUUACAGUGGUAAGACGGUGCACCACUAUCCCGCUUUUCAGCCAAAAGAGGAAGUUUCAGAUUCUUCCCAGAAGCCAAUUCCCAAACCAACAUGCGUGGGAUGGGGUAUCAAUUUCACUGACAGUAGAGCUGCACGGCGGCAUUUGCUUGACUUCGCCGGCCAAGUCUCCAUCGAGGAUCUUCUAACGCCGAGCACCUAUCCCUCCAAAGCAGCUGGUAUUCUGAAAGCAGACUUGCCUAGAGAACUUGCCUUGCUGGACAUCGAGAGCUCCUUGCCUAAGCUGAGUACCCUCCCUGCAACAGGAGGCGAGGACGACGUCUUCAGCUCGCGCGCAUCUAUUGAUGCCAUUUUCCAUUCUACGAGGGAUACAAGUGACUCGGUUGAUGUCCUUUCCGUUGGAUUUGACGAUGGCACCGUCCAUCUGCGCAUCUUUAAUUGCUUUGAGAUUGGCUCUUUUCCCGUGGGCAGCUCUCCUGGUCUCCCUGAGUCGUGUCGUAUCUUGCGACAUGCUUCUCAUCCUUUAAGUUCAACACAUGCUCUGCUGGCAUCGCCCAUGAAGGGAAAUGCCCGGGGUUCCCUCGAUCUGGUCACGAUGGACCUCCGCUUCAUCACCAAGUCUGGGAGGUAUUUGUCACUUCUUGCAUCGAAGACGACCCAGCUCCAGAACCUGCUCCGCUAUAUUGGCCAGGUGCAGAAGCAAAUUGAACUCGAAUGGAAAAAUGCACAGGAGCUUCCGGCACGGUUUUUGCGUAGUGUCAAUGAGGACCUACAAGAGAAAUGCCAAUGUGAUUUCAUCACUGCAAUCUAUCAUCUCGUGGUCACUGGCCAUUGCUUUGAGCCCAUGAAGGAGUUCCUUGUGGACAUUGUUGGGGAAAGAGGCCAUAAGAGAUGGGAGAAAGCUGUCGCAGGCGGAUAUGACAAUAUUCGUCGACUAACACAUGAGUGUCUUCUCCCAGCCUUGGAACGCAGCCAAGUUCUUCUCAGUCGAUUGGUUGGACUGUCCAAAUUCCACAAGCUGAGCGAUGUCCUUGGACUCGAUACAACCAAGCUGAACGGCAUUGUAGAAACACUUGACUGUCUUCACCUUUUGGCGCAUCGCGUCCUCAAUCAUGUCAACGAGGAGCUAGGUCAAUUUAAUGCUUUCGCCAGAUGGCUUCGGCAUGAAAUCCACAUCCUCAACAGCGAACCCUUAUCACAAACUCUGGAAGAGCUGCAAGAAAAGAGGGAUCUAUUUGAUGUCCCCCCCACCGUGAAGUACAUCACAGGAGCCCUGACUAAGAGUGCCCUGCGCAACUUCAUUCGACAGCUUCCUAUGAUCGGAGUCGUUCAGCCACCUGCUCCUCCCCCUGGUCGAUGGCUACCAGAUGGCCAUGACCGUUCAUUCUAUGACACUUUCAAAUCCCUUCUUCAGCAACAACGCCAGGCCCGAGAAAGGGGAGAUAGCACUACCUCAAUUGAGACACCGAAGCUCAACGAUUUGACGAAGCGUCUAGAAAUCCAGUUUCAAAAGGUCUUUGGGGAAAUUGCCCUGACCCAGCGGAGGGGUAUUCUCCAUCGCUCACCUCUCACACUUCACUCUGACUGCGACCAGCAAGUGAUUGAUAUUACUGUUUCUUGCGAGGAUGUUGUCGAAGACCGACCCUGCACUAUAUACGUUGCCACUAGAUCAACCACGUCAAAACACCAAGUCUAUCUCUACCGCGUUGUUCUAGACUCAGUUGGCGGCGUCAGCUCAACGCGAAGCAUUUUACUUGCAAACCUCGACCUCCAAAACGGCGAAGUACGUCAACUGCAAUUCGUAAACGAUGAAACGAUCAUGAUCCUCUGGCGCAAUAAUAAUGGGAUCUCCCACCUCGUUAACAUCCCCUUCCAUCCCGCCUCUGUACAUCAGCAUGAUCUGAAUGACCCGCCAAUUCCAAACCUGAUCUACACUAAGAUUGAUAGCACACCCUCUUCUCCCAAACCUACAACACCCAUCACAGACCUAGAUCUUUCAGCUGGAUACCCCUGGGGAGGUGUUCUCAAACAUACGUUUGCUGCUCAUGGACCUAAAGCGAGACCUGUCCAUAUUGAUGUCAAUGGGCGAAAAGGAAGACGGGCUGUGUGUGUCCUGUAUGGCGACUCUAUGCGCUAUGAGGUUUUGGACCUGGAUGCUGCUAUGGAGGAAGAGGAAGAAAAAGAUGAAUACUCUGAUGAAGAUGAGGAUGUGAUAGAUAGCGAUCAAGAAAACUGA